AUGUUUGGACUUAGCAGACUCAAUCGCUCCAAUCGUUUGGUCAUAGGCAUCAUAGCACUGCUCAUUGUUGAUAUCGUAUGGGUCAUAUCAGGAGAGAUAACAAAGGUUUGCUUUCACCUAACUUUUCUUGAAAUUUAAAAAAAAACUCAUUUUUUUAAAUGUAUUUUGUCCAUUUCAAUUGUCUACUAUAUAUAUAUAAUAUACACAGGCAUUAACCACUGUAUACAUAUUGCAGUACCUGUUCCAAGAGACUAACUUUGACAAGCCAUUUUUUACUACCUAUGUCAAGACAGUCAUGUUCACAGUCUAUCUGUUUGGAUUCAUUAUAUGGAAACCUUGGAGGGAUCAGUGCUGCUACAGAAGGGUAAGCGCUUGAAAUAUGUUAUGCAUCUAGAUAGAAGCUUUACUAUAAUCACAAUGGCAAGAUGUUGUUUUAGGGGCAGUCGGUUCAGCCUCCGCCAGGAUUUUAAACAGGCAGUGGUAUUAAAAAUAUAUAGUUGUAAAUAAAUGUCGGUUCAGUGGUUUGCAGGCAACAUAUCAUAUUUAUUUUGAACACAUGGCACAAAAUUACACAGAUUUUAAAUUCUUCAUGACUUAUCUUCCUCGUCAAACUUCUAACAUAAAAAUUAAAUUAUUUUUUUAAUUACAUGCAAAACAACAAAAGCAUUCCCAAAUAAAGAAAAUGCACGCUUAAGGCAAUUUUUACUUUAAUGAAAAUUAUUUUCGUGUGUAGAUUGCUUUAAUUAUUUUCUUCUUACAUUGUUAAAAUGAUUUGUUGAUGAGCUGUUGAACCUGUUGUGCAAUGAGUGUCUACUUGUUUGGGCUAAGUCUUUCACUUCAUCCCACUAGACAGUACAUCUGAUAGCAAUAGCUACUAAUAAAACAAACACUAACUGGUUUGUUGCAAGAUAUGGGUUUACUUAACAACAAUUCCUUAACUAUGGUUGUUAUAUAAUUUCAGAUUAAUAAUCAAAUCGUUCUAGCCAAACACUGAGCAACACAAAAGUCCAAACAGUCAAUAUAGUAUAUCCACCAUCUAUCCACCAUAACAACAGCAAAACUAAUGUGUCAUUUUCCCUUUCCCCAACAUUCUCACACAAUAGAUACAGCUACACAUGAAAUCUCUAAACUAAAAAUCUUUUCACUACCAAACAUAACAACAGUGAUCUACACAUAACAGUGAUUCUCAUACCCUUGUCAUUUGUUAGCAGAUUUAUAUCUUAGUUUUAGAAUAAUGUCAGAAGAUUGAUAUAAUUUUAUGUGUUACCUGAUAAUGUAAGUUUCUGGAACAGAAACUAUUCUUUAGUUUCCAAAAAUAAUAAUAUUUUUGCAAAGGAUCUCCAUUGUUUGCUUAACCUAAAAAUUAUUUUUGUGCUGUGAUCGAAAUUUAUUUGUGGGGAUUAUCCUCUAUAUUUCUAAUUAAAUUCUAUUUAUAUCUCUAGCCACCUCACACUGAAGAAGUCAUGCCAGUUUCCUCUCCAGCUGAGCCUGAUGCCAUGCUUGUAAGAAAGGGCUUAUCCUUAUUAAUAGUUUAAAUUUGGCCUCAAACUAAAUGCUUAAAUUUUUGUUUCAUUUUGAAGGAUUUUACCAGAUUUUGCUUAGAUUUUUGCAUUGGUUAAACAUUCAGAGUAGAUUAUCUCUAUUAGUUGGUUUUUUUAGUCCUGUAUGCUGAGAUGCUUUUUUUUACUCAGUCCAGCUCUGAGAUUGGAGCUUGGUGUUUGAUUGCUGAUUAAAAUAUUCUUUCAGGGUUCCCCGAUUUAUGUUCCUAUCAAGUAUGAUAAUUACGACAGCCAUACAAGUGGAGGGGAAUCAGAUGACGCCAGCAGUAAGUUGAUAACUCAUUGAUAGUUUUUGCACAACUAGAGACAGACUAAAUAUCAUCAAGCUUAAACACUUUUUAAGGCAUUUUCCUAGAAAUGCUUACGAUUUUACUAUGACUGUAGGACACCGUGUUUAUUAACUUUAUUUUAAAGAUAAUUUUUGCACUAUAGUUAAGCAUUUUUUUCACUUUCCACUUAAUUUCAGGUGGUGGUAACAGCAAGUCUGUGAGAUUCAGCAAUCUCUCUGAAGUACGCCAACUUUCCGGUAAGUUUAUUAAAUCUUGCUAUUAAUUUGACUCCCAAUUGAUGCCUUUCAUCAAAAAAAAGGGAAAAAAUACAUUUUUUUAAAAAUACCUCUGUUUUUUUUAAAAACAUUCCUCCCACACAGGUAAUUAAAAAAAGGAAAGACAUACUAAGGUUUUGACUUUUGAAUUUAACUGUAAAAAUAAAUUCCUAUCUACCUGUUUAAAUUUAGAUAUGGGAAAAAAUAUUGAUAUGGGAGAGCACUGUGAUGAGAGAAGCAUUUGACCUAGCUCAUGUUUUAAGCCCUGCCUUCCACCAAAGAGCAACCUUAUUUUUAAUUUUUUUUAAGAUAAGUGUUAUUUUUUUAUAAUCGUAACAUAAUUUAUUUUUUAUGGCAGAAACCUAUGCUUUGGAGCACAACCUGGCACGUUUGUCCUAUCAGGCCAGUAUUCAAGCCGCUGAAAAGUUAAACAUUUUACAAAACAGGUUACCACUUAAUCAGGUGGCCAAACUGGCAUGUCUUUUCUGUGUUUUUGUAAGUAUUCCAAAUGGCUAUUUCUGUGAUACGUUAUUAUUUUGAAAUAUAAGUUUUUAUACAUGUCAUGAAUUGUUAUUGACAGAUUGGAAAUAAAAUGUUUGUUGGGUGUGUUCAUAUUACAUCUGUUCAGUUAUGCAAUGCUUCUGAUCUCAUCUGGCACAGUUUAGGGAAUUUUUCAUACCAUCUUAGAUUUCCAUUUAAACAUGUACCUUUUUAUGACAAAUGAAUCUUGGCUUUUCCAAAGGAACUAUUUUUAUUUAAUAACUGUCUACACAUCAUAAAACUUCUGUGAAAUUUCAAGCAAUGGGCACUUUAUCUGUGCAAAUUUAAAAUUAAUUUACAGUUUUUAACUUUCCUGGUCAUUUUAUUAAAGAAUAUACCAUACUUUACUUGUGUGCUGCUGUGUGAAUUUUUUUUAUCUUAAAGUUGCCAGGUAAAACUUUUUAUAAAACAGGUAAAACUUGGAUGUCUUAUCUUUCAGUGGUUUUUAGCAAACUACACCUACCAACUGGCCAUAGCCCAGACAGAGAUAGGCAUCGUCAAUACCCUGUCAUCAACAUCAGGUCUGUUUACUCUCAUCAGUGCAGCGAUUUUUCCCAGUGGCGCCGUUGAUAAAUUUACUCUAUCGAAACUGGCAGCAGUUAUUGUAGGGUAAGAUUAUUUUACUUGAAUGCAGCCUCCUUCAUUUUUUGGUACUUAUUUAACAGUUAAAUAUUUACUAAUGAGGUGUAAAAAAAAAAUUGGUAAAUUUCAAUUUCGAUAUUAAAAAAAUUUUGAUUGAAGACAUUAAUUUUGAAGCUUAUUCUUAAAUUUCUUGUUUUCAGCAAUAAUGGAAAAUAUUUCCUCUUUGCCACAUUGUCAUUUAAAUUAAUGUUUAACCUAAACCUGCCUCGCCCAUGUGCCAAAUAAGAAAUUCAGAGCUGUGUCUCUUUCCUGCCAGACCAUUGAGAGGGAAUGGACACGCUUUAAAUUUCUAAGGGUAGAAAUGUCUUUCUUUCCCAAAGAUUAGUAAGGGUUUUACAGGUUGAGCGAAGUAUUUUCAUGUAACAGUCCAGCUUCUUUUUGACUCGGGUUGGCGAGGCAGAAAUAUUAUCUUUUUGAUGUCAUCCCAACAUAAUUGAGAAACGCUGAUUCAAUUAUCAACCAAAUAGUGCUAAAUAAUUUUGGGCUACAUUCCUUUGUCUUUUUUUUUUCUAAAAUAAGAGGCGCACACUUUAAAGUUAGAGAUGUCUUGUUCAAACAGUAUAGUAAUUUAUAACACUGAUGAUUUAUUUGUUGAUUUCACUUGUUCUUAAAGCAUCUCUGGAAUCGUCAUGGUGUAUGAGUCGGAUGCUAAGCUAGGAGGGGACAUCCCGACAGGGGCGUUGUGGGCUGUGACAAGCGCAGCGUGCUAUUCUUUCUAUCUGGUCCUUGUACGACGGAAGGUGGAUACUGAGGACAAAAUGGACAUCCCCAUGUUUUUUGGUAAGAACUUUUGCUGAAAGCAGUCAGCUCUUUUCUACCUAAGCGUUAGUGCUUAUUGAAGUAAAUGGUAGAGAGGUUUGAUAAUUUGAUGGAACUGUAACAUCCGACAGAACUGAAAUGGGUCUCGAUAAAUUUUGAACAUCUAAAUCGGUAAGAUACUUAGAAACACUUUUCGAGUCUUCUUAGCGUGUCUAAGUUUUUUUUAUCCAAUGUUAUAAUUUAAUUUACUUUCACCGUUAUUAUAUUUCAAGCUUCAUUUGUUUGUGCUCCUAUCAUAGCUUUUAAUGGAUUUCUCGCCAACAGGUUUUGUUGGGCUUGUGUGCGCCCUCUCCAUGUGGCCAGGAUUUUUGAUACUGCACUAUUCCAAGCAGGAGCCCUUUGAGUGGCCCAAUAAGAAGCAGUGGAUGUUCAUUUUACUGAACGGAGCCAUAGGAACAGUUCUGUCAGAAUGUUUGUGGUUGCUGUAAGUGAACUUAUUGUGGUCAUCAUCAGUUUGACAUGUUUUAGGAGGACAUUGACAUCAUCAGGGUCUGUGAAGAAUUGGGGGGGGGGGGGGAGGGGGGCUUUCACCCAAUUGUUCAGACAUAGCUAAUAAUUGCUGGCAGCAUUUGCAUGAGUUGUUUGUUUUAUGUUUGACUCAGAAUCUUAAGAAAACACUCUGCAACAUAAUUAAAACUACCAUUUGUAUACCCUUGGGGACUCUUCUUACUGCAGUCCUUCAGUCCUAACUCUUUGUACUGCAGUCCUACAGUCCUUACUCUUUGUACUGCAGUCCUCACUCUUUACACUGCAGUCCUCACUCUUUGUACUGCAAUCCUCACUCUUUGUACUGCACUCAAUGACCUGGUUAUCAAAGUUUUAAAUGUGACUCCUUUUUUUUUUUUUUUUUUUUUUAAAUUUUUCAGCCACUUGUUUUUGUUUUUUAUUUUUUUUAAAUUUUUUAUUGUGUUUUUUUUUUUUUUUUUUUUUUUUUGAACAUUUUCAGCCACUUGUUUUUGUUAUUUAUUUUUUUAAUGAUAAAAACUAAAGAUAUAAUUGAACCAACUACAUUUCAGUCUUGAUUAAAUAGUGAUAGUCUGUAAUAAAAGUCCUCUUUAUAUCUGUAACCCUUAUUCCUAUAAUAAAAUCAAUGUUAUUGCUUUAAGUUAUUAUGACCAGAGCUGAUACCUCAAUCAGUAUCAGUUAUGGUGGUUUACUGCUAAAUAUUUCUCACAACUGUAAUAAUACAGUAAGUCCAAGAAUUCACAUAUCAAAUUAUUAUAUAUAACAGAGUAAGGUUCACAUCUGAUGAAUAAUAAAGUACAGUUCAGACAUAAUACAUCCAUUUUCUUUUAGAAAAUAACAUGAGACCAAAUCUUCUGCCACAAAAUAGUGCGCUUCACUCAACUGAAAAUUAACAUCAAAUAGUAUCUAAUGAUGUCUUUAGUAGUGACACAUCAAACAGUUUCUGUCAAAUCUGAAUUAAUGAACAAAUACAUUUUUUAAAAUAUGUUUGUGCUGCAGAGGUUGCUUCCUGACAUCAUCCUUGAUUGGAACUCUAUCUCUCAGUCUGGUCAUUCCCCUCAACAUGAUAGCGGAUGGUGUGGUCAAAGAUGUAAGUAGGCUUUUUUUGGUGGGUGUUGACCAACACAUGAUAAAAUGGUCACUUAAUGACCAACACAUGAUAAAAUGGUCACAUAAUGACCAACACAUGAUAAAAUGGUCACAUAAUGACCAACACAUGAUAAAAUGGUCACAUAAUGCCAUUAUAUUGAAAGUUUCAUGUAAAACCACACAUGUUGGUAAUGUAGCUACAUGAGUUAUAGCACAGUUGUUUCCUGACUUUCAGUUAGUUUUACAACCCUCCACAGAUAAACUUCGGGCUCCUCUUUUACUUGGGCACCAUACCAAUAGUCGCGGCUUUCAUUGUUGUCAGCUUUCUGACCCACUGGGAAAACUGGGAUCCUGUCUUGCUGGGUUUCAAGAGAUGCCUUCAGAUUUUAUGCCGCAGACGUUCAGUUGCCAGGUUG